GUCUUAGCUGUUUCCUUUUUCUCUGCGGCGGUGUAAACACUUCCUGUUCCAGUGCGGUUUCAUCUUCGCUUUAUGUAAAGUGUUAAAACUUAAGCCAGUUCGUUAUUUACAUUUGGUUAAUUGCUCAAUCAAGACUUUUAUUAAGACUUAUUUUUUUUUUCUUUGAGUAAUUUGGACUUCACGGUGUCUCGAAGCUUCGUUGGAAGCAAAGUUAACGGAAAUGAGCUUCUUAUUUGGCAGUCGGUCCUCGAAGACGUUCAAACCAAAGAAAAACAUUCCAGAGGGUUCUCACCAGUAUGAGCUCUUGAAACAUGCUGAAGCAACACUUGGAAGUGGUAACCUUCGAGCUGCUGUGAUGUUACCGGAAGGAGAAGACCUUAAUGAAUGGAUCGCUGUUAAUACUGUCGACUUCUUCAAUCAGAUCAACAUGCUAUAUGGGACCAUCACUGAAUUCUGCACUGAAACCAACUGCCCUGUCAUGUCUGCAGGGCCCAAGUAUGAAUAUCACUGGGCUGAUGGUACCAACAUAAAGAAACCAAUCAAAUGCUCAGCUCCCAAAUACAUUGACUACUUGAUGACUUGGGUCCAAGAUCAGCUGGAUGAUGAAACAUUGUUUCCUUCCAAAAUUGGUGUGCCUUUCCCAAAAAACUUCAUGUCAGUGGCUAAAACUAUUCUGAAGCGUUUAUUUAGAGUCUAUGCUCAUAUUUACCACCAGCACUUUGACUCUGUUAUGCAGCUACAGGAAGAGGCCCAUCUCAAUACUUCCUUCAAACAUUUCAUUUUCUUUGUGCAGGAAUUCAACCUGAUUGACCGCAGAGAACUGGUUCCUCUGCAGGAACUUAUCGAGAAACUAGGCACCAAGGACAGAUAAAAACAUACAAACAUAUAUCACUGAGAUUUUUCUUCUUUUGUUCAGAGAAUUUUUAAACCACAGUCAUUAUAGUUUAGGAAUAGAAGUAUAUGUGCUAACUGUAGAAUUACAGUGUUUAUUUACCUGUGCAUUUUAGGAUGAGCUGGUUUUUGGCUUUGUUUUUUGUCAGGCUUUUUUUAUUUGGGUUGUAUGAACAGUACAGAUGUUGGACAAGUAGAUAAGAAAUAGAAACCAGAUAGAACCUGCAGGCAGAUUUAUGUUUUAAAUGUUUCUUAUAGGGUUAUAUUCAAGCAUUUUAUUUUAAUUCUUUUGUAUAAUAGGGAAAAUAAUACAACAUGUCUUUUACUUUUUUAUUGAAGAUAGCUGAAGUAAAAUGUUAUUGGUAUCAUAUUUGUCUACUUGCUAGGGUCUAACAUUCUUUUAAAAGCCAAAAUGGACAUACUGUCAGUCAGCAAUUUUUGUCUUAAACUUUAGACUAAAACAGUAAUGUUACUGUCUACAAGAUUUGAUUUGUGUACAAAAUGGAGAUUCCUUCUUAUUUUAACUAUGACCAAAUAUAUUUUUUCAUGUAAUAUGAAGCAUUUUUCAUGUAUAUGAAGCAUUGAAAACCUAAAUUUCUUUUUUUUUUUUUUUUUUGUAUGUUAUGCAGAUCUUUUCAGGACAAUUUUUUUAAAAGAUAAUUAAAACUGUAUUUGCAACAGUAUUAGACUUUGAUUUAUAAGUAUAACAAUUGAAAUGAUCUUGACAGGACUUGCAGUAUAAAUGAAAACUUUAAAAAGUAAAAGAAAAAACAACAUAAAAUUCUUGAAUUUAAAAGUGAUUACAGUGGAACCUUGGAUGUCGAUUGCAAGAGUGUGUGUGUAAAGGGGCACGAUGUCAAAUUACGGCACGCGCACACAACGAGAGAGUGGGAGAAAAUUGAUAUUUAACCUCUCUAAUGAGACUUUCUUUUGCUUUACACGCGUGCACACGUGUUAUAAGAAACAGUACACGCGUGCUGUACACACGAGCUUACAAACACAAAAUAAAAUAUGUUUUACAUGCGCACACACGUGGUCACAGUGUUAUAGUAAACAGUACAAGCGUGCACUGAUGUUAAUUAUACCAGUGAGAGACGUGCACUAAGACCCAGCAGGGGAGACGAUUACCCACAAUUCCGCAGCACAAGAGAGAAAAACCAUUGGCUCAGUUGUGAUGACGUGACGCUUGGCAUCAAAACAAGAAGCACAUGCGUGAUACAUAAUACUCGUAAACCAAGACUUACUCUUUUCAAGUCAAAAUUUAUUUAAAAAAUCUUUGCUCGUCUUGCGGAACACUCGGAAACUGCGUUACUCUCAAUCCAAGGUUCCACUGUACUAGUUUAGUAUUUCUUAUCUUUUAACCUCUGUUUUGAGCUGUUUUCUUAUAAAUUAUGACUAUUUUUUCGAUCAAGAAGGGACACAAUCUCAAAAAUUCAUAGUUUACAUUCUUUGUUGUCUGUUUAGAGUCCUUAUUAUCAGAGGAUGUUUCUAUUGUAAAUGAUAGUCUUAACAGCAUUUUUAUUGAUAAUAGCAUUAAAAGCAUUAAAGGAAAAUACACUCCUUUAAAAAAUACAUGUAGAUACCUUCUGGGUUUACCUGCUGUUUCUCUAUGGAUAAGAGAAUGUUUUCACAGUGUCAAAAUGUGAUACUAGUAAAAGAAAAGAUAUAGAAUUUUUUUUUUCUAAUUAUAAAGGGGAACUGGUUGCUCAGUGGUGGGUGUUUGACCUGCCAUGCAGAAUCCCUGGGUUCAAUUACCAGCCAGUGCCCAAACCCCAGCCACUGGAUGUAGUGCUGGUCUCAAGCGCGGGUAAAAUGGGAGGGUUGCAUGAGGAAGGGCAUCCAGCGUAAUAAUUGGGUUAAGCUUGUGUAUGCGGACUGGAUGGUCUGCUGUGGCGACCCCUUGCUGGGAGCACCCGAAAAGACCACCAAGA